AUGGCUUCGUCUACGAACAUCAAGGUCGUUUGUCGAUUCCGGCCGACAAACUCUAUCGAACAACGUGAGGGUGGCGAAAUUGUAGUGUCGUUCAGCGACAACCUACAGACUGUGCAGCUGCGGUCUGCUCAGCUCGGCUCGGGACCGGAGAAGGAUGGGUUUACAUUUGACAGAGUGUUUCCACCCGGAACGAAACAACAUGAGGUGUUCGAUUACGGUGUCAAAGACAUCGUCAAAGAUGUCCUCGAUGGCUACAACGGUACCAUAUUUGCUUACGGUCAAACGGGCAGUGGAAAGACCUUCACGAUGAUGGGUGCAGAUAUAGAUUCAGCUGAACUGAAGGGUUUGAUACCCCGUAUAACGGAACAAAUAUUCCAGUCUAUCGUGGAGUCAGACGCACAUAUGGAAUAUGUCGUUAAAGUAUCCUACAUGGAAAUUUAUCUUGAACGCAUUAGAGAUUUGUUGGCGCCCCAGAAUGACAACCUUCAAGUACACGAAGAGAAGUCGAAAGGUGUCUAUGUCAAGAACCUUUCCGAUUACUAUGUGAGCAGUGCUCGUGAGGUGUAUGAGAUCAUGCGACAAGGUGGAGCCGCAAGAGUUGUAUCAUCAACAAAUAUGAAUGCCGAAAGUUCUCGGUCUCACUCAAUCUUCCUCAUCACGAUUCAACAACGAAAUACCGAAACUGGCGCACAGAAGACAGGCAAUCUAUACCUGGUCGAUCUUGCGGGUUCGGAGAAAGUAGGGAAGACCGGUGCUUCUGGCCAGACGCUCGAGGAGGCCAAGAAGAUCAACAAGUCUUUGUCGGCUCUCGGCAUGGUCAUCAAUGCUCUUACUGACGGAAAGGCGAAGCACGUCCCAUAUCGUGACUCCAAGCUCACUCGAAUCCUGCAAGAAUCGCUUGGAGGUAACUCCAGAACAACUCUAAUCAUUAACUGUUCACCUUCCUCCUACAACGAAGCGGAGACGCUUUCCACUCUACGUUUUGGUAUUCGCGCGAAGUCAAUCAAGAACACUGCCCGUGUCAACGCAGAGCUUUCUCCUCUCGAACUCAAGGCCCUGCUCGUCAAGGCCCAGGCUGCCAAUACGUCGCACCAGAAGUACAUCACCGCUCUUGAAGCAGAGCUCGCCAUCUGGCGUGCAGGCGGACAAGUGGAUCAAGCAGAGUGGGCUACAUCAGACAAGCCAGGUGCAACUGCCACUGCUCCUGCUCCGAAGAAGAUUCCGGCGUCGCCAACGCCAUCGAGCGUGCGCAGCAUGACUCCCGUCAACCCUGCAUUGGAGGGUCUGCGUUCGGACUUGGACAGCCGGCCGCAAACCCCCACUGUGGUGGGUCUUGACAAGGAUGAGCGUGAGGAGUUCUUGAGGCGGGAGAACGAGCUCAGCGAUCAGCUGGCGGAGAGGGAGUCCGCAUUGGGCGCUGCGCAGAAGUUGGUUGGUGAGCUGAAGGAAGAGUUGUCGUUCCUCAAGGAGCAGGAAGCUACACUGUCAAACGAGAACAAGGGCAUGUCUGCUCAGCUGAACGAACUCCGCCUGCAAGUAGAACGCCUGGACUACGACAGCAAGGAAAGCGUCAUAACCAUUGACAUCCUCAAGGAGCAGAACCAAGAUGCUAAGGCUGAAUUGGACGAGCUCAAGAAGACCAUCACCGAGUUGAAGGCUGUGCAGAAGGAUGCCUCUGCGGAGGAUAAGGAGAAGCGCAAGCAGGAGAAGAUGGCUUUGAUGAUGGCCAAGUUUGAUGCCCAAGGCGCAUUCUCGGAGAAGGAUGACCAGCUCCGACAAAUUCUGGCUAAACUAGAUGCCAUUGAUUCAGACGCAGCUGUUUCUUCACUGUCCCACAACGACAUUACCGUACUUAGGCGACAGCUAGCUGAUGGGCAGGUACUCAUCCGCGAGACUGUCGACCGCCUCAGGCAGAGCCAGGAUGAGAGCGCAAUGAAUGCACGAAGACGUGACGAGCUUGAAGCUCGUAUCUCUAGUCUGGAGACGGAGUAUGAAGAGCUCUUGGAGAAGACAAUUCAUGACGAGGAAGUCAGCAACGUAGAUGUAGCCGAGUCCAUCGCUGAGCUCAAGAAUAAGUUGGAGGCUCAAUAUGCCUCCAAACGUGAUGCACACAUGGGUGAGGUUCAAGACCUGAAACAACAAGUCGAGAUAAAGGCCAACGAAGUUCGAACCUUGAAUGCUACAAUUGACAGCUUGAAGAGUGUAAACGAAGAACUCAAGCGGGCUUUCGCGGUUACGUCGGCGGGUAUCGAAGGCGGGAAGAACCUUGCGGAGAGCGCCCAGGAUCUAGAGCGUACUCGUAAGGCAAUCAGCGUCCAACUCGCCGAGUUUGAUGGUGUAAAGAAGUCCUUGAUGAGGGAUCUGCAGAACCGUUGUGAGAAGGUGGUUGAGCUCGAGAUUCAAUUGGAUGAAAUCAAGGAGCAAUACAACAAUGUCAUCCGCAAUAGUAACAGCAAGGCUCAGCAGAAGAAGAUGGCGUUCCUGGAGCGCAAUCUGGAGCAGCUCACCGUUGUGCAGAAACAACUCGUAGAUCAGAACUCCGCGUUGAAGAAGGAAGCUGGCAUCGCGGAGCGCAAAUUACUUGCGCGGAACGAGCGGAUACAGAACCUCGAGGCGCUGCUCCAGGAUGCUGAUCGUAGGCUCGCAGUUCAGAACCAGAAGUUCGAGGCGCAAUUGCAGGCAGUCAAGGAGAGACUCGAUCAAGCACGCGCUCAAAAAGCCGCUUCCUCACCGCUCAGCUUUGGUCGCAUUGCCAAGCCUCUCCGAGGUGGAGGGGGCGCCGCUGCGAACAGCACUGCUGCCGCGACAAGUCCUUCGUUGACAUCAAAUUCUGCGAAUCCUCUGACAAGACUUCAGAACGAAGAAACAGGCAGCGGAGCGAAACGUGCAUCUUGGUUUUUCAACUCACGGUAA